AUGUCAGCCAUGCAUGGAGAACGAAGCCCCGUCUUCGAGGAGCUGGAGGAGCUCUUCCAGAAGCGCAUUCUGGUGCUAGACGGCGGCAUGGGCACUAUGCUGCAGCGCUACAAGCUCGAGGAAAAGGACUUCCGCGGCGAGGAGUUCAAGAACGCCACGAAGGAUCUCAAGGGCAACAACGACCUGCUCUGCCUCACGCAGCCGGCGAAAGUGCGGGAUGUACACUAUAGCUAUGCCAUCGCUGGCGCCGACGUCAUGGAGACAAACACGUUCAACUCGCAGGCAGUGAGUCAGUCCGACUACGGGACACAGCACCUUGUUCGUCGCAUCAACCUCGCCGCUGCGAAAAUCUGCCGCGACGCGGCGGAGCAAGCCAGCCGCGAGACGAUGCGGCGCAUCUUCGUCGCCGGUGUGUUGGGCCCGCUGAACCGGACGGCUUCCAUCUCGCCCUCCGUCGAGCGCCCCGACUACCGCAACAUCACAUAUGACGAAAUCGUAGCUGCUUACACGGAGCAGGCAGCGGCCCUGCUGGACGGAGGCGUAGAUGUGCUGCUGAUCGAGACCAUCUUCGACUCCCUCAACGCCAAGGCGGCCCUCUUUGCUGUGAACACACUCUUCGAAGACAAGGGCUACACACGCGUUCCGAUCAUGGUGAGCGGCACCAUUACAGACCUGUCCGGUCGCACUCUCAGCGGCCAGACAGUGGACGCCUUCUAUUCGUCAAUGCGGCACGGCAACAUCAUCGCCAUCGGUCUCAACUGUGCCCUGGGCUGUCGCGAAAUGCGCCCGUACAUCGAACGCCUUGCAGAGAUCAGCGAGGGCUACGUGACGUGCCACCCCAACGCGGGGCUGCCGAACGCAAUGGGUGAAUACGACGAACUGCCGGAGGACAUGGCCCGUGACAUCCGCGACUUUGCGGUGAACGGGUGGGUCAACCUCGUCGGAGGCUGCUGUGGCACAACCCCGGAUCAUAUUCGUGCAAUUGCCGCGGCCGUGAAGGGCAUCCCGCCGCGUCUGAGGGGGAAGCCGAGUGAGACAAUGGUCAUCAGCGGGCUCGAGGCGCUGUACUUCACACGCCACAUCGGCUUCUGCAACAUCGGAGAGCGCUGCAACAUCAGCGGCUCGUUAAGGUUUAAGCGCCUCGUCAAGGAGGGGAAGUGGGAGGAGUGCCUGGCGGUGGCCCGCCAGCAGGUCGAGGAGGGGGCCAUGGUGCUGGACGUGAACAUGGACGACGGCCUCAUCGACGGCGUAACCGCCAUGACGCGCUUCCUGAACAUGGUUGCUUCCGACCCGGAAGUAGCGCGAGUGCCGGUGAUGAUCGACUCGUCCAAGUUCCAUGUCAUCGAGGCGGGUCUGAAGUGCACCCAGGGAACACCGAUCGUCAACUCGAUCUCGCUGAAGGUUGGUGAAGAGGAGUUCCUGCGCCAGGCUCGCCUGAUCCGGCGCUACGGUGCCGCCGUGGUCGUGAUGGCCUUUGAUGAAAAUGGGCAGGCGGCAGACUAUGCCAACAAGACCCGCAUCUGUAAGCGUGCUUACGACAUGCUGGUGGCGGACGGCUUCCCACCGGAGAACAUUGUCUUCGACCCGAACGUGCUGACGAUCUGCACCGGCAUGGAGGAGCACAACAACUACGGCAUAGACUUCAUGAAUGCAGCGACGUGGAUUAAGGCGAAUCUGCCCCGCGCCAAGGUGAGCGGUGGAAUCUCGAACCUCAGCUUUUCCUUCCGCGGCUUCGAGCCCAUUCGCAUGGCGAUGCACUCCGCCUUCUUGAAGAAAAUGAUCACCGAUGAAAGUCUCGACAUGGCAAUCGUGAACGCGGGUGCUCUGCCGGUGUACACCGACAUCGAGCCGGAUCUGCUGCAGCUGGUCGAGGAUGCCAUCUACAACCGCACCCCCGACUCCUCGGAGCGCAUUCUCGAGUACGCAGAGCGACUCAAGGCAGAGAAGGCGUCCGGCGGUGGCGCCAAGGAGGCGAAGGUGUCUAAGGUGGACGAAUGGCGCAACGCCCCGGUGGAGGAGCGUCUCUCGCACGCCUUGAUCAAGGGCAUCGUCGAGUUCAUAGAGGAUGACGUUGAGGAGGCGCGAACCUGUGGCAAGUACGAGCGGCCGCUGCACAUCAUCGAGGGUCCAUUGAUGGACGGCAUGGGGAAGGUUGGCGAGCUGUUCGGCAGUGGCAAGAUGUUCCUGCCCCAGGUGAUCAAGUCGGCACGUGUCAUGAAGAAGGCGGUGGCGGUGCUGGUGCCGUACAUGGAGGCUGAGAAGGCGGCCCUUAUGGCCGAUACGAACGGCGCGUCGACCUCGCGAGCGAAGCGGGUGCUCAUGGCGACCGUAAAGGGCGACGUGCACGAUAUCGGAAAGAACAUCGUUGGCGUCGUCCUGGGUUGCAACAGCUACGAGGUGAUCGACCUCGGUGUGAUGGUUUCAUGUGAAAAGAUCUUGGCGGCUGCGAGGGAGCACGACGUACACGUCAUCGGGCUUUCCGGCCUCAUCACGCCCUCCCUGGACGAGAUGGUGCAUGUGGCGAAGGAGAUGAAGCGAUUGGGCUUCAAAAUCCCGCUGAUGGUGGGUGGGGCGACAACGUCGAAGCAGCACACGGCGGUGAAGAUUCAGCCGCACUACGACAAGACGGUGCACGUGCUGGACGCCAGCAAGGCCGUGGUCACGAUAUCGAACAUGCUUGGGAACAACGAGGAGGAGUUCUGGGAAGAGGUGCACGAGACCUACCAAGAGAUCGCGGAGGACUACCUGGCGAACCUGAAGGACCGUAUCUACAAGCCCCUCGCCUUCUGCCGUGAGAACGCGCUGAAGAUCGACUUCGUCGCCAACCCGCCGGCGCCGCCGCCAAAGAAGCUCGGCACCAUCACCAUCAGUGACUACUCGCUCGAGAUGAUCGCCACCCGCAUCGACUGGAACCCGUUUUUCUCCGUGUGGCAGGUGCGCGGCACGUACCCCAACCGCGGCUUUCCGAAGCUCUUCAACUGCCCCACCGUCGGCGCGGAGGCGAAGCGGCUGUUCGACGACGCGCAGGAGAUGGUGAAGGACAUCAUCGCCACCCGUAGCUUCCGCGCCAAGGCUGUCGUCACGCUGAUGCCCGUGAACAGCGUCGGCGACGACAUCGAGGUGUACAAGGAUGACACACGUAACGAGAAGAUCGCCACCUUCUUUGGGCUGCGCCAGCAAGCGGAGAAAGAGCGAGGCGAGCCGUACCUGUGCAUCUCCGACUUCGUCGCCGCGAAAGGGGUGGCGCCAGACUACCUCGCCAGUCUCGUUGUCGGUAUCUUUGGGGCAGACAAGAUGAGCGAGCAGUAUGAGAAAGACAACGACAGCUACCGCUCCAUCAUGAUCAAGGCCCUGGCAGACCGCUUCGCUGAGGCCUUCACGGAGGAGGUGCACCGCAUCAUUCGCACAGACUUGUGGGGCUAUGCGGAGAAGGAGACAACGGAGACGGCCGACCUGAUCCAGAUGCAGUACCAAGGUAUUCGACCCGCCCCUGGGUACCCCUCGCAGCCCGACCACACGGAGAUGGACACGAUUUGGCGUAUCGGCGAGGUAGAGGAGCGCACGGGGGUGAAGCUGUCUGAGUCGUACGCGAUGAUGCCGGCGGCAUCUGUCAGCGCACUUAUCUUCGCACAUGCGCAGUCCAAGUACUUUGCAGUGGGCAAGAUCCAGAACGACCAAGUAAAGGACUACGCCGAGCGCAAGGGUUGGAAUCUAGACCAGGCCGAGAGCCAGCUUAGCUCAUCCUUGGCCUACAACUGA